AUGUCUAACCCACUGACGGUAACAGUCGAUACUUAUUCUGCUCUCUCAUUUUCAAGUUCCACAUCUUUCGCUCCUUCUGCUCUUCCUCCAUCUUCUGCUCCUUCCCUAUCUUCCACACCUUCCACGACAACUGACAGCAAUGGACAAACUUCAACUACCCCUGCAACCACAAGUACCACUCCAACAACAACCUCCAUGACAUUUGUCCCGACUACAGUACCCGUCGUUAUUAUCUCAACAAAUGCAUACGGAUCAACAGUCAUCAUCACAACAGAGAUAUCCACAACAACCUCAAUCCCUGUCUCAACUUCCUCUUCCUCUUCCACAAACAACUCAUCAAACACCGGCCCAAUUGUAGGUGGCGUAGUCGGUGGUAUCGCCGCGAUCGCCAUCUUCGCUCUGCUCAUCUUCUGCUUACGCCGUCGCAUAAGGCGAGUCGAGUCCGAUGGCAACUUUGGCCCCGAUCGUGUUAUUUCCCAACCUUCAGGGGGUGGGACUCUCCCCCAAGUCGACCUUGGCGAGGAAAAUGAGAUCACCCCUUACACUGACCAUGGUAGCAGCAUGCGCCAAUACGGAGAAAGCCCCUUCCUACCUGCGGGUGCAGCCGCCGGCGCAGCAGCUGCCGCAAGUAUAAACCGCACGACCCUCCCACUUAGCUCUCCCUCCCAAUACAGCGACACCGCCACCACUGCUGCUAACGGGUACCCCUCUCAGGGCUUCAUUCGCCCAGGCCGGGCCGAGAAGCUGCUUCUGGACGUCAAGGCCUCGACCUCGCUACCCAGCAAGAAGUUGACGGAGAGGGUUUCUGGCGUUGUCCAGCACCAAGAUGCGGGACGGGUGCAUAGUGAAGAAGGCGAACCAAGAGAUAUUCCGCCUGCGUAUGACUCUAUAUGGCAGUAGACUCAUGCAGGGAUUCCAAAAGGUGAUAUUUGAAGUUGAAUGCGUGAUACUACCCCCCUCGCCACGUUUCGAUGGACACCUCUUUUGGACGUUCAUACGUAUGUACAGUGCAUUGUCAUUGUCAUCACGAUCUCAGACACUGAUUCCUUGUUUAUUUUCGACACAAGUUGUCGGACGCCGCGAUAUCAUCAGCCAAGUAUAUCAUCUGCAUUUGUUUGAUAGGUAAAGAGACGGAACUUUCGCACACAUCAUUCACCUUAUCUCUCACAUAAACUAGGCACAUCAAGAUGGGGGCGUAGACAUCGGGGACAGCAUUCGUGUUGCAGGUUUGGAUUAAUGAUCUAGAGAGUUGACGUUAUGGUCGCAGGCUGCCAUAACACA